CCAUUGAAGUUGGAUGCCAACAGCCGUUGAACAUCAACGACGAAGAACAGUCGAUUUGCAUUAUGAAGGUUAGCAAAGUUAACUAGCUAACUAAGAAAUCUUUGUGUAGAAUAAACCAUAUGAAAAACGUUUAGGACAAGUGUGUUGAGAUUGAACCAUAUUCAAUGGAGCCUCAAGGAAGAACCAAAGUGGUGCUUCUGGCUUGUGGGUCUUUUAACCCCAUAACAAAUAUCCACCUGCGUAUGUUUGAACUGGCACGGGAUUACUUGGAGGAUACAGGACAGUACAUAGUUGUGAAGGGCAUCAUCUCUGCGGUGGGUGAUGGAUAUAAGAAGAAAGGUCUGAUUGAGGCCAGUCACCGUGUUGAGAUGGCCAAGCUGGCCAUCGACACCUCUGACUGGAUCAAGGUCGACACAUGGGAGAGCCAACAACCUGAAUGGGUGGAGACUGCUAAAGUUAUUCGGCAUCAUUAUAAAGAACUUGUGUCAGAAGAACUGAACAUUGACGAGGUGGACACUGUGAAGUACACAAAGAGGAGAAAGAUUGAGGAGACAGACAGUACUUCAGAGGGUUUAUUCUCAUAUCCCAAAAUGAGAGAUAAUGUCCCGCAGUUAAAGCUCCUGUGUGGUGCAGACGUCCUGGAGUCUUUCAGUGUUCCCAACCUGUGGAAGCCUGAAGACAUUGCAGAGAUUGUUGGCCGCUAUGGCCUGGUGUGUAUCACCCGCACUGGCUGUGAUGCCCACAGGUUUAUACACCAAUCAGAUGUGCUGUGGAAGCACCGCAAGAACAUCCACGUGGUCCGUGAGUGGGUGACCAAUGAAAUCUCAGCAACACAUGUGCGCCGGGCCCUGCGCCGGGGCCAGACUGUACGCUACUUACUCCCAGACGCUGUGUUAAGUUACAUCCAACAACAUGGCCUGUAUAGUGCUGAGAGUGAGCAGAAGAACGCUGAGGUAAUCCUUGCCCCGCUUCAAAGAUACACUGGCCCUUCCUCUUCCAGUUGACAUAGCCAGUCAAAUUGCCUGCUGUCUGACUUGAAUACAUUGAGACUGUUUAAGAUCAGAUUUGUGACUGCAUUGAUAUCUUAGUACAUUUUGUGAGAUGCUAGCAGUUUACACUCACCGGCUGUGCUGCUUCUCUGUAGCAUGUGCACGCACAUGUUUAACAGUGUCAUUGGCUACAGUGAGAAGUCUCUCUCAUAUUACACAAUGGAAUAUUACAUUGUGCACAAAAUGCUGAAUUACACAAUUUCAUGUCUGCAAUAUGUGAAAACCGGCAUCAGUAUAAUAAGAGCAUUGCAGUUUCUGAAAGUGCCUUUUAUGUGUUUAUGGAGCCUUUGUUACGAUUUUAUAUACCUGCUAAUCAAGAAUGUGGAAAUUAAGAAAGUAUAUUGCCAAACCAUUCACAAAUUGUAGAGAGGUUAGGGAAGCAAACCAAAUUUAUUCUGUACCAAUCUCCUCUUCAGAGAUUGCUCAUUAUGAAUAGUAUGUUUCUGCUUCAAAUAAAGUAAAUGUCUCUUAACAGUACCAUUAAUGUUAUCUUUAAAUAAAGUUUUUGUGCUUUUAA